UUACAACAACCUAUGUCUCUUUUAGUUUUAUAGAAAGUAUAAAAGUGACAAAAAAAAUUCAAAAGUAGAGAAUAAUAUUAAAUAAUAAUAGUUUAAAACAAAAAACAAAAUGCGGCGGCAGUCAACAAUGCUGGCCGCGAUAUUAAUUGCUGCCAUUUUUGGCAGUGCAACGGCAAUGAAUAAUUCACCGCCUCGUAUUAUCAAACAGCCGCCCACCGAUGAGCUGCUGUUUAAGGUGGCGCAACAGAAUAAGGAAAGCGACAAACCAUUCAUUAUUGAAUGUGAAGCUGAUGGACAGCCAGAACCGGAAUAUAGCUGGAUAAAGAACGGCAAAAAAUUCGAUUGGCAGGCAUACGAUAAUCGUAUGUUACGUCAACCUGGACGCGGUACUUUGGUUAUUACAUCACCCAAGGAUGAGGAUCUGGGUCAAUAUCAAUGCUUUGCAUCCAAUGAAUUUGGUAUUGCCACCUCGAAUUCCGUUUUCGUACGCAAAGCCGAGCUGAACGCCUUCAAGGACGAGGCAGCCAAGACAGUGGAAGCCGUUGAGGGUGAACCCUUCUCAUUGCAAUGCGAGGCUCCCGAUGGUUGGCCCAAGCCGACAGUCAAUUGGCUUAUCCAACAGUCCAUCGAUGGUGGCAUCAAAUCAAUUAAUAACUCCCGCAUGACACUCGAUCCUGAGGGCACACUAUGGUUCUCGAAUUUGACACGUGACGAUGCUAGCGAUGAUUUCUAUUAUGCCUGUUCGGCCACUUCGGUCUUUCGUAAUGAGUACAAAAUUGGUAACAAGGUGCUAUUGGAUGUCAAACAGAUGGGUGUCAGUGCAUCACAGAAUAAACAUCAGCCCAAGCGGCAAUAUGUGACGCGUAAGAAUGAGGUGGCAUUGCGGGGCAAACGUGUGGAAUUGUAUUGCAUCUUUGGUGGCACACCGCUGCCGCAGACAGUGUGGAGUAAGGAUGGCCAUCCGAUACAAUGGAGCGAUCGCAUAACUCAGGGUCAUUAUGGUAAAUCUUUGGUCAUACGGCAAGCGAAUCGUGACGACGAAGGCGCCUACACAUGCGAUGUAUCCAAUGGCGUGGGCAAUGCCCAAUCCUAUUCGAUUAAUUUGAAAAUCAAUGCCAUUCCCUAUUUCACCGAGGAGCCUGAUUUCCAGAAUGCCGCCGAAGAUGAGGAGGUUGUAUUCAAUUGCAAGGCAGCUGGUUUCCCCGAGCCGACAAUCCAAUGGAUACACAAUGGCAAACCAAUUGCCCAGAGUCCACCAAAUCCCCGACGCACUGUGACCAAUAAUUUCAUUAAAAUUGUCCAACUGACCAAGGCCGAUACGGGUAAUUAUGGUUGCAAUGCCACCAACUCGCUCGGUUAUGUCUACAAGGAUGUCUAUCUGAAUGUGUUGGCUCUGCCGCCAGAGAUUCAGGAGGCACCACGCGAUGAGUCCACUGUCGAUGGUCGCAACAUUACGAUGCGUUGUCGUGUCUUUGGUGCACCCAAGCCACAGGUGAAAUGGUUGCAUGGACGUAAAUGGCUGACUGGCGGACGUUAUAAUGUCCUGCCCAAUGGUGAUCUAUCAAUUGAUGCUGUGACCUUCCCAGAUGCUGGCAAAUACACUUGCUUUGCGAUCAAUAAGUUUGGCAACAAGACAGCCGAAGGAUCUCUGGAGGUAAAGGAGCAUACGAGAAUCACACAGGAGCCACAGAACUAUGAAGUUGCGGCCGGACAAUCGGCCACCUUCCGUUGCAACGAGGCGCACGAUGAUACGCUAGAGCUAGAGAUUGAAUGGUGGAAAGAUGGUCAGGCUAUUGAUUUCGAUGCCGAGGCAAGGUUCGUUAAGACCAAUGACAAUUCGCUGACUAUUGCCAAGACCAUGGAAUUGGAUUCGGGUGAAUAUACAUGUGUGGCACGCACCAAACUGGAUGAGGCAACGGCCAAGGCCAAUUUGAUUGUACAGGAUGUGCCAAAUGCACCAAGACUUCUUGGCAUUUCGUGUCAGGCCGAUAAGGCGGAAAUCCGAUGGGAACCCCAGGGUGAUAAUCGUUCACCCAUUCUUCAUUAUACCAUACAAUUCAAUACGAGUUUCACUCCCGCCUCCUGGGACACGGCAUACGAGAAAGUGCCCAGUACGGACUUCUCAUUUGUCGUCCAAAUGUCACCAUGGGCCAAUUACACAUUCCGUGUGAUUGCAUUCAAUAAGAUUGGUCCAUCACCGCCAUCGGGACACAGCGAAGCGUGUACCACUCAGCCCGCUGUGCCCUUCAAGAAUCCCGAUAAUGUUGUCGGCCAGGGUACUGAGCCCACCAACUUAGUCAUCUCCUGGACCCCGAUGCCCGAAAUUGAGCACAAUGGACCGAAAUUCCAUUACCGUGUCUACUGGAAACGUGAUAUAGCCGCCGCACCAUGGCAAUCGAAGGAAAUCGAUGAUUGGCAUCAGAAUAAUAUUGUGAUUACCGAUCAGCCGACAUUUGUUAAAUAUCACAUCAAGGUAGCGGCCAUCAAUGGCAAUGGUGCAUCGAAUGUCUCCCCUGAGGAAAUUGUCGGCUAUUCUGGAGAAGAUCGUCCACUCGAGGCGCCCACGAAUUUCAGUAUGCGUCAGGUGACAACAGCGACCACAGCGUAUAUGCGUUGGAAUCCCGUAAGUCCCGAAUCGGUGCGUGGCCAUUUCAAGGGCUACAAGAUCCAAACCUGGACCGAAAAGGAAGGCGAAGAGGGACUACGUGAAAUUCAUGUUAAAGGCGAUUCGAAUGAAGCUCUAGUCACACAAUUCAAGGCCGAUUCCAAGAACUUUGCACGUGUCCUGGCCUACAAUGGACGUUUCAAUGGACCUGCUAGCGCUGUCAUUGAUUUCGAUACACCCGAAGGUGUACCAUCACCGGUUCAAUCCCUAGAUGCCUAUCCUUUGGGAUCAUCAGCCUUUUUCCUAACCUGGAAGAAACCCCUCUCGCCCAAUGGCAAGCUGACUGGCUAUAAAAUCUAUCAUGAGGAGGUCAAGGGCAGUUAUGUGAGCGAACGUCAGGAAUAUCGCAAAGUGAUCGAUGAUCCACGUACCACUCGAGCCAAAAUCGUUGGAUUCAAACCGAACACCAAAUAUCGCAUUACCAUUGUGGCCACCACAAAAAUGGGCGAAGGUGCUGUAAACUACAUUGAGAAGCGAACACUGAGUGAUGCUAACUUGCUGCCAGCUCCACCAACAUUCACUUGGGAGCAAUUGCCAUCGGAUAAUGGUUUGGCCAAAUAUCGCAUUAACUGGCAACCCAAUACAGAGGGACAUCCGGGCACGCAUUUCUUCACCAAGUACAGAGUCAAGGGUGAUUCACAAUGGAAGCGUAUGAAUGAUGAAAUCGGUGAGGAUUAUCAAAUAAUUGAAGGCCUCAGUCCCGAUACAGUCUAUGAGAUACGUGCCGUGUCCGUUGAUGGCAAACAGGAGAUGGAAAGUGCUGCCCAAGAGAUCGAUACGAAUAGCGUAGAGGGACCCAUAAUGGUUCCCAAUGAGAACCUAGCGAAUGCCGGUUGGUUUAUUGGCAUGAUGUUGGCCUUGGCCUUCAUCAUCAUUCUGUUUAUCAUCAUUUGCAUUGUGCGGCGUAAUCGCGGCGGCAAAUAUGAUGUACACGAUCGUGAGCUGGCCAACGGCAGACGCGAUUAUCCCGAUGAGGGUGGUUUCCAUGAGUACUCGCAACCUUUGGAUAACAAGAGCGCUGGUCGCCAAUCCGUGAGUUCAGCGAAUAAACCAGGCGGCGGUGGCGGUGUGGAAAGCGACACCGACUCAAUGGCCGAGUAUGGUGAUGGCGAUACAGGUCAAUUCACUGAAGAUGGUUCGUUCAUUGGGCAAUAUGUACCGGGAAAGCUACAACCUCCGGUUAGUCCACAACCUCUGAACAAUUCGGCAGCGGCCCAUCAUCAGGGUCCAACGUCGGCGGCGGGGUCAGCGGCGCCACAGACGAGCGGACCAGCUGCAGCAUCAUCAUCUGGCUCAUCGCCCGGAGGAGCUGCUGCCACUGGUUCCAAUAAUACAGCUGCUGUAGCCACUUAUGUCUAAAGCUCCCCUCCUCUUACCCUUUGGUUUAAUAUACAUACCUUUUCUUUUGUAUUUUUUUGCCCAUAUCUGUGUGUGUGUGUUAAGGGAAACUAUUGCUUUAUAUGUAUGUCGCAAAACAAAACAAAGAAAACAAAAAAAAAAACAAAAAAAUAUUAAAAAGAAUGUAAUGUGUAACCGAUAACUCGCAUGAAUUUAAAGCAUUUCAUUUGCUUCUUCUUGCUUAUAUAGAUUUUUAGUGAAAAGCAGCCUUUUUCU